AUUUAGUGAAUGAUGAAAGUUGAAACCGGUUGAUUUUGAAAAUUUACACCGACCAUGUUUGGUUGUGUAAGGUGUAAAUUAAAAAGUUUACUGCUGCUGCUGUUUGCAUAAAAACUGGGUCUCGACGGAGCAACAGCCGCUGCUUUCACCGAUGGACAGAUCGCCCGGAAAGCUAUUUGAAGAUAGAUCAAGGGAUCGGAGGCUUACGAGCGAGGAGAAUUCUGAUGGAAUUCUGCCAGAAAAGCGGUUGUUUCGCAGGUUUAGGAUUUGCAAUUUCCGGCAGUCAAUGAUUUGUUGAGGAAUUUUGUCAACGAGGUGAUUGUCAGGGAGAGAGAGCUCUCUGAGUUUCGUGAGACGACCGAUUGCAGGAGAAAGGAAUCCAUCGAGCUGCUGCGAUUUCAAGACAAUUCUUGUGAUGCGGAGCACUGGCGAGUCACCGGAGAAUCUCCUCUCGCAGAAGAUACCAGCGGCUGAAUAACACGGGUUCUCUGGUAAGUAGCAUUGACAGUUGAAACCACCCGGACAAGAGAGAGAGCACCGAAAUCUGAAGGGUCGAGAUUCAGCCUGAAGUGAACUAGAAGGGCGAGAGAGAGAGAAAAGCGGGUACAGAAAAGCGGAACUGGUAGAGGUGGGAACCCAUUUCUGUCAGUCUCUGAUUGGCGGUGCCAAGCACCGACGUGGAUGGAUGGCAGACUCGUAGUAUUAGUGGAGCUAGGCUUUGAAAUCGGAACUGGUACAGGUGGAACUAGUAGAGGUGGGAACCCAUUUCUGUCAGUCCUGAUCGGCGGUGCCAAGUACUGGCAUGGAUGGAUGGCAGACUGGUAGUAUUAGCGGAGUUGGGCUUUGGAAUUGGAACUGGUAGAGGUGGGAACCCAUUUAUGUCAGUCCCCGAUUGGCGAUGCCAAGCACCGGCGUGGAUGGAUGGCAGACUGGUAGUAUUAGUGGAGCUGGGCUUUGGAAUCGGAAUUGCUAGAGGUGGGAACCCAUUUCUGUCAGUCCCUGAUCGGUGGUGCCAAGCACCAGCGUGGAUUGAUGGCAGACUGAUAGUAUUAAUGGAGUUGGGCUUUGGAAUCGGAACUACUAGAGGUGGGAACCCAUUUCUGUCAGUCCCCGAUCGGCGGUGCCAAGUGCUGACGUGGAUGGAUGGCAAACUGGUAAUAUUAGUGGAGCUGCUUUGGAAUCGGAAUUCGCCGGUCAGAGAUGUCACCGUCGCACUGGUUCAUUCUCUUAUUCGUUCGAACGAAAUCAAUGGACAGAAGAAGAAGAUGAUGACGCCCCGUGAUGAAUGUUGCUGUCUGAGCGUGCUGCUGGAUUAGAGUGUUAGGCUCGGUUUGAAAGGAAUA